CAGUGUCAUUUCUUAAAAAAAACAAAAUAGUCAUUUGUUUUGCGAAUGGCUAUUUUUCUAAUUUUAUUUUGAAUCGAAUUCCAUCUUAGACCAGUGAAUUGAUUUUGCAGUGAAAAAUGGCCAUGUUCCCUGGAUCAGUGGCCUUUGAUGAGUAUGGGAGACCAUUUAUAAUUUUACGUGACCAAGAGAGGCAAAAACGGCUGACCGGUAUCGAUGCCUUGAAGUCACACAUCUCGGCUGCCCGCCAGAUUGCGGGCAUCCUCCGCACAUCGCUUGGCCCCCGUGGUCUGGACAAGAUGAUGGUGUCCCCAGAUGGCGACGUGACAGUCACCAACGACGGAGCCACCAUCCUGAAGCUCAUGGAUGUAGAGCACCAGAUCGGCAAGCUCAUGGUGCAGCUCGCACAGUCUCAGGAUGAUGAGAUCGGUGAUGGGACCACCGGAGUUGUUGUGUUGGCUGGUGCCCUCCUCGAGCAAGCCUCCAACCUGCUAGACAAAGGCAUCCACCCGAUCCGCAUCGCCGAUGGCUUCGAGAUGGCCGCCGCAGCCGCCCUCGCCCACCUGGACUCUGUCUCCGAGGCCUUCCCUGUCAACAAGGACACCCGGGAUAAUCUGAUCAAGGUUGCCAUGACGACCCUGGGGUCAAAGGUUGUGGUCAAAUGCCACAAGCUGAUGGCUGAGAUCGCUGUUGAUGCGGUACUCUCCGUAGCCGACCUCGAGAAGCGCGACGUGAACUUCGAGCUGAUCAAGGUGGAGGGCAAGGUGGGCGGGCGCAUGGAGGACUCGACGCUGGUGCGAGGAGUCGUCAUAGACAAGACCAUGAGCCACCCGCAGAUGCCUAAAGUGCUUAAGGACGUGAAGCUAGCGAUCCUGACGUGCCCGUUCGAGCCGCCGAAGCCGAAGACCAAGCACAAGCUGGCGGUGGGCUCGGCCGCCGAGUACCGCGAGCUCAGACAGUACGAGCACGACAAGUUCCUCGAGAUGGUCAAGAGAGUCAAGGACGCCGGAGCGACCCUGGCCAUCUGCCAAUGGGGCUUCGACGACGAGGCGAACCACCUGCUACUCUCGCAGGGGCUGCCGGCCGUGCGCUGGGUGGGCGGGCCCGAGAUGGAGCUCAUCGCCAUCGCCACGGGCGGCCGCAUCGUGCCGCGCUUCGAGGAGCUCACGCCGGACAAGCUGGGCUCUUGCGGACUUGUUAGGGAGCUUACAUUCGGCACAUCCAAAGACGAGAUGUUAGUGAUCGAGCAGUGCUGCAACUCGCGCGCGGUGACAGUUCUGAUGCGCGGCGGCAACCGCAUGAUCGUGGAGGAGGCGAAACGCAGUGUGCACGACGCUCUGUGCAUCGUCAGAUCGCUUGUGCAGGACUCCCGCGUGGUAUACGGCGGCGGCGCGGCCGAGAUCUCGUGCUCGCUCGCCGUGGCGCGCCAGGCGGAGAAGCUGUCUUCACUGGAACAGUAUCCGUUCCGGGCCUUCUCCGACGCGCUGGAGGCCAUCCCGCUCGCUCUCGCCGAGAACAGUGGUCUCUCCCCCAUCGACGCGUUGUCUGAAGUGAAGGCGCGCCAGGUCACCGAGAACAACUCCAACCUCGGUAUCGACUGCAUGGACAAGGGCUCCAACGACAUGAAAGCGCAGAACGUGAUCGAGUCGCUCCACUCGAAGAAGCAGCAGAUCGCGCUCGCGACGCAGCUCGUGAAGAUGAUCCUCAAGAUCGACGACGUGCGCUCCCCGGCCGACUCCAUCGACUAGGCUUGGGAGGGUUAUGGGAUGCACGGCUGAUUGAAGCGGGGUUUACACGAUAAGAGUACUAGGCCGCUCGUAUGAAAGUAGACAUGAGUGACUCUAUACUGACGAAACACGAACGAACGAGAGCUGUCGUGCACUGCUGUUAAUACACAGGGUGUUGCAAAAAGGGUAUACUAAGCCGAAACCUACAUGUGCAGCAUGGUAUAUCUAAGCCCGAAAAUGAAAUCAGAAUUUCAAAAUUGGCGAAAAAAAAAUUUUAUUCUCCAUAGUAAAAAAUCACGUGACCAACUAAGUUUAAAAAAGGGUUUUUUGCAACACCCUGUACAAAGAAUAAUGGGAAAAUAGAGCUUCAUCGGUUUUCUGUAGCAUCCGAGCAGUAACUCAGUUCGUGAGGUUAUCUGCAACUCUUGUCGUGUAAAAGCAUCUCUGGAAUGAUUGGCACUUGUAUCUCGUUAAUAGGUAGGCUUUGGAAUAAACCAUUUUAAUUCUCAAAUAAUAUGUAUGUUAUGUUUCUCAUCAUGAAAUUGGUUUAAACAAAUGGAUAUUCUAUUUGUUCAGUCUUUCCUUCUACAUGGCUUUAUAAGCUAUAAGUAUUAUACACAAUAUUUUCAGAUUAAUGUUAGUCAGAUCUGUGCAGUAACCUGAAGAAAAGGCAUGGUUGUCCAAAAUUUUGAUCACAAAUAAUUCAUCAAUGCUUAGGUUAUUUUAAAUUCAGUAUAAUUUUAUUAUUAUUAGUUUUUAAGUUAUUAAUAUAACUAAAUAUGCAUUUGUCUAGCAAGUUGUUGAUUCGCGGGCGAGUACUGAGUACGGGACUUGUGAUGUAUGCCUUAUUGCACUAAUAAAUUAAAAUUAUCCGCUA